AUGGAAGCCGUUUCUGUCUAUCAAUACACUGAGGCAUUUAAGGUCACAGAUGAAGUCAGACGGGAUUUUGAACAACAUGGUUACAUAGUUCUCAAAGGUCUACUGGAUAAGGAGGAAGUAGCAAUCGUAGAAAUGGCUAUUGGUGGAUCUGACGCCAUCACCAAACACAAGUUUGGGGAUGUUGUCGACGGCGGAAGGAAGACUGAUACAGUGUUGUGGAAACACCCCGGAAAUGACGUCACUGGAAUGGUCGUUCGGAGUGAGAAAGUUGCAGGCAUCAGUGAACAGCUGCUUGGAGGAGAAGUUUACCACUACCAUACCAAAUUGAUGCUGAAAGAAGGAGGCAGGGGAGCUAAGCAUGUCUGGCAUCAGGAUUACUCGUACUGGUACUGGAACGGUUGUCUGUUCCCUGAAAUGCUGACUGUUUUUAUCCCGUUAGACGACUGUAGGAAAGACAACAGCUGUCUCCAGGUUCUGCGAGGCUCACAUAAAUGUGGCAGAAUAUUCCAUAAAACAGCGGGAGAACAGAACGCAUGUGACGCGGAGAGGAUUGAGGAGCUAAAGGCCGUUUGUCCUCACGAUUUCAUGGAGAUUGAUGCCGGAGAUGCUAUCUUCUUCCACUGUAACUUGAUCCACUGUAGCAGUCAAAACAACAGUGAUAGGAGGAGGUGGGCUUUCCUGACGGCCUACAACAGGGCUUCUAACAACCCUACCAAAGUACACCAUCACCCUCAAUACACCCCUCUCCACAAGGUGCCGAAUGUAGCCAUCAAGGAGUGUAAGAACUUCACUGACGUCAGUGGCAAGGCGUUUGUAGACCCUACUGUAGACACAACAUACAAAUCGUUUUUCAAGGACGGCAACAGCGCCCGCUGA